AUGGACAAGAGCAAGCUAAACCCAGUUUGGGUUGUAUCCUCUGCCGUUGUGAUCAUGGCGAGUGUUGCUAUGCGGCGUUGUUGUGUCCGACCAGGAGGAUUGUUCCAUCGAUGGGUCAAAGACGGCAUAAGACAACGGCAGAACCUUUCAUCUACUUCUUCCACUAGUACUACGACAGACACCAAGAAAACCCUCCUACAAUAUGCAGGCAUGUGUGUCAUCACCAUGGCAUUGGGCGUCUACAUCGUAUUAUACCUGUGGAUGCUACCGGCGGAUUCCCCUCAUUGGUACGCCCCGGUUCUGCCAGCUGGUAUUCUCUUGGCCAAUGCUAUGGAUCAUUGGAUUCCCAAAUCCGACAACAACAAUAGGGAAGAAGUCCUCCGUUUUCGAUCCCAAUUGCGACAGUCGCUCCUCAAAGAUACCAUUCAAAAGCAACAAGCAAAUAAUAAUAAUAAUGACCGCAGUGAUUCAUCCGAAUCCUACUAUCAUGACGAGCAACAAGACAUGGAAAAGUGUGGGUAG